CAGGCAAUGCGUUGAAUGAGGAGGAUACUGUUGGAAACAAGUGUUGUUGCCAUUGCUGUUCAAGGAGACUCGCGACAGGACAGCAGCAAGUUGGCAGCGAGAGCAAGGACAGGAGGAUCAACCUGACGUGACUGUAAGGAUUUUAUCUGAGGGGUCGACCGGGGAGCAAAAAUGGGAGCAGCUACGAAAUUGGCAUUUGCCGUUUUUCUCAUCUCCUGUUCCUCAGGUGCCAUCCUGGGCCGCACGGAGACGCAGGAGUGUGUGUUCUACAACAUGAGCUGGGAAAAGGAGCGGACCAACCGCAGCGGCAUCGAGCCCUGCUACGGGGAGAAGGACAAGCGGCGCCACUGCUUCGCCACCUGGAAGAACAGCUCGGGCACCGUGGAGGUCCUCAAGCAGGGAUGCUGGCUGGACGACGUCAACUGCUACGACAGCAAUGAGUGUGUGGAGAGGAAAGAGUCGCCGGAUGUGUUCUUCUGCUGCUGCGAGGGGAACAUGUGUAACGAGCGCUUCAUGCACAGUCCAGACCCACAGGCUGUGCAGGGCAAGUCAACUACACACAGCCAGAGAACAGCGACGUCCAACCCGUACCCCCAGAAUCCUCAGCUGUUCAACACGCUGCUCUACUCGCUGGUGCCCAUCAUGGGCAUCGCUGCCAUCGUGCUCUUCUCCUUCUGGAUGUACCGCCACCACAAGCUGGCAUACCCACCUGUCCUCGUGCCAACCCAGGACUCAGGGCCCACCCCCCCCUCCCCUCUGCUGGGGCAGAAGCCACUGCAGUUGCUGGAGGUCAAAGCCAGGGGGCGCUUUGGCUGUGUGUGGAAGGCCCAGCUGCUCAACGAAUACGUGGCCGUGAAAAUCUUCCCCCUACAGAAUAAGCAGUCGUGGCAGAACGAAUAUGACAUCUACAGCCUGAGUGGCAUGAAGCAUGAGAACAUUCUACACUUCAUCGGCGCCGAGAAGAGAGGCAGCCACCUGGACGUGGAGCUGUGGCUCAUCACAACCUACCACGAGAGGGGCUCGCUGACUGAUUACCUGAAGGCCAACGUGGUGUCCUGGAACGAGCUGUGUCACAUUGCCCAGACCUUGGCCCGCGGUGUUGCUUACCUCCACGAGGACAUCCCCGGCCUGAAGGACGGCCACAAGCCCGCCGUCGCUCACAGGGACAUCAAGAGUAAGAAUGUGCUCCUGAAGACCAACCUGACGGCCUGCGUGGCUGACCUGGGCCUGGCGCUGAAGUUUGAAGCAGGCAAAUCAGCAGGGGAGACCCACGGACAGGUGGGCACGCGCCGCUACAUGGCGCCUGAGGUGCUGGAGGGGGCCAUUAACUUCCAGCGGGACGCGUUUCUGCGCAUCGACAUGUACGCUGUGGGCCUGGUGCUGUGGGAGCUAGCAGCACGCUGCACUGCUGCAGACGGGCCUGUGGAUGAGUACAUGUUGCCGUUUGAAGAAGAGGUGGGACAGCAUCCAUCUCUAGAAGACAUGCAGGAUGUGGUGGUCCACAAGAAACUCAGACCCACACUCCGGGAGUGCUGGCAGAAGCAUGCAGGCCUGGCCAUGCUGUGUGAGACCAUCGAGGAGUGCUGGGACCACGAGGCGGAGGCGCGUCUGUCGGCAGGCUGUGUGGAGGAGCGCGUCAUUCAGAUGCAGCGGCAGACCAGCCUCAUCGCGCCCGAGGAGAUCACCGUCGUCACCAUGGUCACCAACACAGACUUCCCGCCCAAAGAGUCCAGCCUAUGAUGGCUGUUCGCAACGUGAAAGGGGGCAGGGUAGGAACAGAUGAAGAAUGAGUGGAACUGACCAAUCAGACACCGACACCAUCUUCACCUCCACUUCCUGAUUCACCCUUAGCAGAGAGAUGACGUUUCUCUGACCUCCGAGACUGGCAGCUGAGGCAGCAGCGAUGGUGUUGAGUUUUUGUUUUGUGAAGCAUGAGGUGGAGUGGGAUUUCACCUGUCCUGCCCUGCCUCCCCCCUCCAACCUCUUCACAUUCAGGAAAAUCUACACCCACUCAAGGGGGCGCCCUCGUACCACCACCACCACCUCGUUUCAAUAAUAAAAACCUCUCAUCACCUUUCAUGUGUGCCUGAAGAGUACAGACAGGACUCCAGGGCAAAAUAAUUGCCCCAACAGCAGGGGUAAAAGAACCCUGAGCUCAUGGGGCAAAUCACCAUUGAAACAAGAGGAUAUGUGGAUUAUGUGGUGGCUAGAAACAGCCCUCGGGGGCAGGUGUUGUGUUAAGAUUUUAUUUUUUAUAAGUAUAUAAAUACAUCGAAAUAUGACAUCAGAAGGAAGGGACUUCUCCAUUGAAUAUACUCCUGGUCUGGGGGGGGGGGGGGGGGGUUAACCGGUUGUUAACAAAAAAGAAAAACAACUAAACAAACAAAAAUAUGAAAUAAAUUAAGAGGAUGAGACUCUGUGAAAGACUAGGUGAGGGAGAAAAAGGGCAACCCUGUUUUUAAAAAGACAAAAAGAAAAAAAAUAUUUGCACUCUGGUGUUUUUAUGAAAUGACUUAUGGUAAUGCCAAUUAAGAUACAGCUUCUGAAUGUUUGGUGUACUAGUGUUGUACAUAUAUCAAUGGAAAACCAACCAACCUACAUGCUAAAUCAAGGGUUUAUUGCUUGUCAGUUUUUUCUGGAAUUUUGUUUCUUAGCAUUACAUUUUAGAAAGGAGAAUAAACCUCCCUCAACAAGCUAUACCUCAGUUCCACAUCUAUGACAAAUAAUGCGUGCACACACACACACACACACCUACACACAUACACACACACACACAUACUCUCUUUCUCACUCUUUUUUUUUACUUGAAAGAAAGACAAUGUGAGGAAGAAAAAACAUGGGAUUGGGAAAAAAAAUGUAAAAUGUGAAUCUCUAGCCGUUUUGUGAAAACUAAACUGAGGAUGCCAACUGACAGAAAUGCUAAGGCCAUAAGACUUCCAGACCAGUGUUUGACCUUCAGUUAUUAUGCCUUUUUAUUUCCUGUGUCACCUGUUUUGUUUUGCUCUUGCACCUGCUUCCUUUCGCCCAUCAGAGCCACCUCACACUUAACUCUCUCAAGCACUUUUGUUUAUCCAUUUUGUUUUUGUUUGUUUUCUUUUGUUUUCCUUCCAGAAUACUGUACGUACGCUCAUCCUCACCAUGAGGAGAGGAUUUCAUCAUUUUCUUUUUGUUCAUGUGAAAAGUUAACACUAAGAUUCUGUUCUGGUUUUGGUUUGCUGUGACAUACAUAGCCUAGUUGACACUUUAUUUAACCGUCUUUAUCCAAUCAUUUCAGUUUCCUUUCUGCUGAGUUUUUGUUCGCUGUCAUGUUUUCCUUUUUCUGUUUUCUUCUUCAUGAGACCCUUUGUUGAGGUUAGUCACGGGCCUUUCCUCUGAUUGGAACAGUGAUGUCAUUCCCCGUGUCCUGAGUUUUGUAAGAGCCCUUGAGAUCUGCAGGUAUCACACUUUGUGAGUCGCCUCAGGUAGCUGUCAUUGAGGACACCUGGACCCAAACACACACACACACACAUACACACACAUAUAUAUACACACGAUCAUCCAAGAGCGGCAGCUCUUUUGUUAAUUCUGGUGCCAUCGGUUAAGCCCCCCCCCCCCCCUCUUUUCUAUCUUCCACACACAAACCCCAAUUGGCGUAACAGCAACUGGUAUUCUUGAGGCGCUUGUAGUGUGACAUUCUCAGAUCUUUUUGUUUUCUGGUCAAGAAAAGUUCAGAUUGCCAUGACAGGUCUUACUUCAGUAAGUUCUGUCUCUCCCUUUUUUUGUGCUGCCUGACUGUGGCGGCGCUGCACCUACCUGUUCAAUUUCUCUUCUUCCUCUCAGCUCUCUCAGCAGUCAGCAACUGAAACCACACAUCAACCAUCAUCAUCAUCAACAACAACAACAACAACAACAUCAGGGAUACAGUACUAUGCUUUUCUAAGUUACAGCAAUUAUGCAACCAACCGUGGUUACACUCAUUAUAAGGAACCACAUACAAACAAAAAAACUUCUACAGACUGUAGCAUUUUUUUAAAUCAAAACAAACAAAAAAAGCAAAAAUAAUUUAUUGCGCUUGAUGAAUCGGAGGGUUUUAUUUAGCCCAAAUAAUCUCUGGCCUGAGCAGUGUGAAGGACCAGGCCCGUGCCAACUCUUUUCUCUGGAUUAGAAAAAAAAAACAAGACACCAACAUUAUCCUGACACUCUGUGUGUGUGUGUAUGCGUGUGUGUUGUGAUGUAUUUAAUCUUUUGUGCCACUGGCAUCUGUGUGUGUGUGUGUGUGUGUGUGUGUGUGUGUGUGGGUUUAGGAAGCACUGCAGUGUGACAGGAAUGGUGGUGUAUGUGACAAACAGGCCUCGAUUCUCCCCUGGCAGGCAGAGUGAUGCGUUUGCGAUCACCGUGGUGUAUGUGUCGCUCCCCCUUCUGCAGACCCCCUCCCAUCUCGUGUAGCCGGUAGUGUCACUGGACCCGCCCACGCCCCAGGCCCCUGCCUCCUCUCUGUGUCAGUGAUAAUGAGGUACUGACACAGGUGUUUUGCGCCAACCUCUACAUCCCCAACCAAUCAGCACUUCCUAGACAGACUCUCCCAGCCAAUCAGCACCUUGACACCCCAACCCCACCCUUCUGAGGUCCAUCCUCCUCCCUACAGUCUCUACUGUACAGUAUGCCCCAGCCCAAGGCCUAGCUCACUAGAGAUACAGGCCUCCUUUUGUAAGAAAUGUCUCCCUUCCUCCCUUUUGGUGCAAGCCAAGAAAUAUACAUAUAUAUAUUAAUAAUAAUACGGAUGAUAACCCAACUGGAUUGGCUGCAUAUUAUAAAAAAUGCACAUUUAUGUACAUAUGAAUGUUGUUUUUAGAUUGUGAAUAUAGCAUGAGGUUGUUUCUAUUAUUUUCAAAGAUAUCACAAAGAAAAACAGUCCUUUAUUAAAAAAAAAAAAGAUUAUUAUUUCAUAAGAUUUUACUGUUGUUUAUUUUAUAUAUCUAUUUUUAAUUGUAUUAAUUUAUAUCAGUGACCCAGCCCCCCACCCCUCUCGAAAGUCACUUCUCAUGGUGAGGCUUUCUUCCUCUCAAUUUAGUUUUUUUUUCUGCUCAAACAACGAUCAGAUGUAACCUUACCAAUGGCGCCGUGUUUAAAAAAGUAACAAAUCAAGUCAUAAUUUACCUCAGACAUCCCAGCUGACAUUAAAAUAAUCAAAACCACCGAUCAGCCUCGGUACAGUGUUCCAAGAGCGUGUUGGUGUGCCAGUAGGCAUCUGACCUGCAGCAGUGUUGGUUUCUUUCUCUCCUUUUCCUCCUUUCUACAAACGCAUUACCUCUGAAACGCGACCGGCUAGCUCUGCUCAUCUCGCCUGCUUGGGGCGGGUUUUCACAUGGAGUUCAUGUCGCUAGAACCCUCAGUCUGCUCUUGGUCAGUUGGCCAGUCCGCAGCACCGACCUGAAAGGAUCGGAUCGACCCAACGUCUUUUCAAAUGGACUCGCCAUUUUUAAUUGCUUUGCAAAAAAAAGAAAGAAAGAAAAGGAUAUUAAAUAAAAAGUAUUUCACCAACUGUUUCAGAAGGCCUGGUUGGAAGUGAUUGUUAAAUGUUGUACAGAAAAAUGUAUGCUAUUCCUUUAAAAUAAAGUAUAGUGACUGCUCUGA